AAACGAGGGUUUUUCAAUACUCUUUCAUCAAAAUCCAAUCCAACUUGUUUUUAUUAAAAAAUUUCACCAAAAUUUUGUUUGACGUUUCAGAGAGAGGAAAAAAGAAAAGAAAAAAUGUCUGGUCGUGGAAAGGGAGGCAAAGGGUUGGGAAAGGGAGGUGCGAAGAGGCACAGGAAAGUACUGAGAGACAACAUCCAAGGGAUCACGAAGCCGGCUAUUCGAAGGCUGGCUCGAAGAGGUGGAGUGAAGAGGAUAAGCGGUCUUAUUUAUGAGGAAACGCGAGGUGUUCUCAAGAUUUUCCUUGAAAACGUGAUCCGCGAUGCGGUUACGUACACCGAGCACGCCAGGAGAAAGACGGUUACUGCUAUGGACGUGGUUUAUUCUUUGAAAAGACAGGGCCGAACUCUUUACGGUUUUGGCGGUUAGGUUGUCUUUCUUAGAAAUCCGGAUCUAGAUCUCUUUCGUUUUUUGUGUUUUUAAGAGAUGUAAUGGGAAUCGAAUUUUUAUGGAAAAUUUAUGUGUUCGGAUUGUUGAUGCUCCUAUUUCAUUGUUGUUUGGUUUCCAAGAAAAUAUGGGGAAGAGAGUAUUAAAAUGAAAGUAUUUCUUUUAUUCAGUUAUAACUUUCUUGCUUAAAUGG